AUGGCAUCGUUGGAACGGCUCCGCAAGAACCGUGGCGUCGUCAGGGCCAGCGUCACACGAACAAUUACGCUCCUGACCGACGAACUUCAGGCCACGGCCCCCGAUGCCGCUCAAGUUGAUUCGCACGUUACAUACCUGACUCAGAAGAACGUCGAGCUCGGAAACCUCAACAUGCAAAUCCUCGACGCCACGGACGAUGACGCUUAUGACGAAGAGCUCGAGGCCGCGGAAGACUACGACCGGAAGGUGUCCUAUGCCGUGUCUCGAGCGCGCUUCUUCCUGCGCGAACACGCCAACACAGCGACGGCAACGAGGACUUCAAGGCCCGAGGCUACGUUACCGAACGCCGACGUCGCUGGGGCCGGCAGGUCAGCGCAUACCGAGGUCACUGACGCUGCACCUCGUGUAACAGAGGGGACACCCGGCCCAGCAACCGUGCCGCGUCAUCGCACAGUGGUCCUGCCGAGACUUCAGAUACCUACAUUUUCCGGCGCACUUCGCGACUGGCAGACCUUCUGGGACCACUUCAGUGCCACGAUCCACCGUAAUGAAGACCUUCUGCCGAUUGAGAAAUUUAAGUACCUCUCGUAUUUGAAUGGCGCCGCGAAGAGAACCAUCGAAGGCAUUAGACUCACGGAGGACAAUUAUGCGAUCGCCAUCAGGACCUUGACGGAGCGAUUUGGUCGACGCGACUUGCUCAUCAACGAGCACAUCGACCACCUGCUCGCCUUACCACCAGUCAAGUCUUCGGCAGAUGUCGACAAACUUCGCCUACUCUACGACAAGGUACAAUUUCGCGUCUCGGCACUGACCGGUUUGGGCGUCUCACCCGACCAGUACAACGUGGUCCUCAGCCGCGUCCUAAUGAGGUGCCUGCCUGACGACCUCGCGAUCCUCUACCGGCAGAAGUCCAAAGAAGCCGCGCAGGAUACGUCCGGUAUAGCGACCCCCGAAGAAAGAGCUCUUCAGGAUGCAGAAAUGCUAAGCUUCCUGCGCAUACAAAUUGAGGUUCGAGAGGAAGGCAGGCCAGGACGAACACCGUCUGCUUUCUCGCGGUUACUGCCCGAAGAAUGUCGAAUCUCUGUCAGCACCGAUGGGACAUUUGCCUACAGCGUCCGCACUUGCUACCGAAUCUGUAGAGGUGUGCCCCUUAUGCAGCAGUUCUCAGCACACCAUCGCGGACUGCAACGUUCAACUCUCAGCUGA